GUGGCGCUAAAUCUCAAAACCUUUUGAAUCAUCCCCCGCCAAAAAAUCCGCACAACCCUUAAAAAAAAAAGAAAAAGAGAAUUAUAUAUAAUAUGAAUUGAGCGCCGCCGCGAGAGAGAGAGAGAGAGAGGUGUUCAGGGGAGCAGAUCCGUCCGUGCCUUCCCAGUUCUCAGGGAAUGAUAUAGCAGUGGAUUGAACACAUGUACGGGAGAAAAGGGUAUCAGCUGGUUAAGGAUUUUGCGAGUGGGGAGAAGGGUCAGCUCAAACCUUUCAAUUAUUAUUAUGUUGUUUUUGAAUCAGAGCAAGCUCUUUGAUGAGACAAUCGAAGAAUGCGAGCAGAAUCACCAUCUCAUCCAGUCUCUCAUGAGGAAAAUGCAACGAGAAGGGUUGGAGGUUCCGAACAAUAGAAACGCUGACCACUACGGAGCACUCGUUCAUCACCUUUCUUUGAUCCGCAACAAGCGCUGCCUCAUGGCCUAUGUGCACAAUAGAGCAGAAAUUGUGCGUGAUCUGGCUUGGAGAGUAGGACUUGAACUUCCCUACCUUCCACCUGAAAUCCUUGAGAAGCUCACCACUCUCGAGAAGGAGUAUUUCAAGAACCAUUCCGUUGCUAUCACUUCCUACAUGGGAAAAGCAGGCCUCGAGUUGAAUGUCGAUAUGGUGCCUCCCAAAGAUCCGUACAUCAAGGUCAGAGUUGUGGGAGAUAUCGACCGAGGAAUUAUGAUGAAUGACAAGGCAACAAAUUUCGCACCUCACUCUAUGCAUUUCCUCAAACGAACUGAUGCAGAACCCUACAUUGCUCGGGGGCAAAUGGAGGAGCUGACAGGUUGAGGUAGAUUGAUGCAAUAGGAAGCUUGGGUGAUCUCACAGAUUAAUCAAACGGUAUUGGUAUGUGUGAUCAAAAAGAAUGUAAGCUUACAUAGUCUUUCUUAUUUGUAUAAUUGUAAGACAGGAACAGUGAAACCUCCCUCAUACCAGCAAAAAAAAAACUCGAUGUACAAUUUGUUUUAUCUUCCAAAGUUACUUCAGUAAUAACAUCACUAGGAACAUGGCAUU